CCACGGAGCGCUCCACGUAUGCGAAAAAAUGCUUCAAAACACGUUCUCCGUGUUGUAAGCAUAGUCAAGCAGUUUAGCUCUAGCUCGGCUGCGUGGUUAAGUGGACUUUUCUAUUAAAAGCAGCCGCAGCCUGUCGGAAGCUUUUAUUUCUAAUCUCAAUGGGCACCUUGCAGUAUUUAUUCAACAAGGGUGAUGAGCAGGACGCAAGCGAUAGCACGAGUUUGGAGCACCUCGCGUUUAAACAGCUGUCUACUGCGUUAUUUUAUUUAGUUGGAUGGUGAAUUAAAGUCUGUGGUGGUAUUGUAAUAUCUGUUUGUAGCAGCAGCUCCAAGAAAGCCUCAAAGGUUAGGAUGAGGGGAGCAGCAUCUGACAUGGCAGAUCCGAACCAGCUCUUCGACGACACUAGUGCCCACGCGAGGUCACCUGCCGUGGGGUACAGAGGUCAGGAAACACCAGGGAUGGGUUACCAGGCACAGGCCCUGCUCACAGAGCCCAUGUCUAACUUCGCUGUGGCCUACGGGAGCAGUCUGGCUAGCCAAGGAAAGGAAAUGGUGGACAAAAACCUUGACAGAUUCAUCCCCAUCUCUAAACUGAAGUACUACUUUGCUGUAGAUACAGUCUAUGUGGGAAAGAAGUUGAGGCUGCUGGUCUUCCCUUACAUGCAUCAGAACUGGGAGGUGAGGUAUCAGCAGGAUACUCCAGUGGCCCCUCGAUUUGAUAUAAACGCUCCAGAUCUGUACAUUCCAGCCAUGGCGUUCAUUACCUACAUACUGGUAGCUGGGUUAGCACUGGGAACACAAAACAGGUUCUCCCCUGAGAUCCUGGGAAUACAGGCCAGUUCUGCUCUGGUGUGGCUGAUCAUUGAGGUUCUGGUCACCUUGUUGAGUCUGUACCUGGUGACUGUCAACACAGACCUCACCACCAUAGACCUGAUCGCCUUCUCGGGGUACAAGUAUGUGGGAAUGAUUGUGGGGGUCGUGUCUGGGAUGCUGUUUGGCAGGACUGGUUAUUACUUGGUGCUGCUGUGGUGUUGUAUAGCGAUCUUUGUGUUCAUGAUCCGUUCUCUGAGGCUGAAGAUCCUCUCGGAAGCAGCCGCUCAGGGCGUGUUAGUCCGGGGAGCGAAGAACCAGCUGCGCAUGUACCUGACCAUGGCCAUCGCUGCUGCCCAGCCCAUCUUCAUGUACUGGCUCACCUACCACCUGGUCAGGUGAAUCCUGCUACACACACACACUCUUACACAGAAGAAUCCAACUGUCCUUUUCAGGCUUCAGGCGUCUAGCGGAGAACUCGGAGCUCGACGAACAAGCGUUUCAACUGCGAAAACCAUUGAGAGAGUUUCACUGAUGGACUGAUACAGAAUGAUUGUUAAAUCUCUAAAGCAGAAUAUUAGAUGGUUUUUGGUCUUCUGGAAUUAUGUACAGCUAUGGCCAAAUUUUGUUUUAUUUAUUUUGAAAUCCAACGUAAAAUACUAUAGUACUGUUAGGGCU